UUGAAGGUAAAGUUGGGUCUUUUCCUUCUUUUUUCGUCCUCUUUUUCUUCACCUUUUUCUUCAUCUUCUGUUUGGCUUUUUCAAGACUACACUCUACAAGUGUCAUCUUGGACCGAAUCAUGGGCUCCAGUGCUGUGUUCAGUGACCUCCUGUCUCCAGAGUCCACAGUCACGUCUCUGUUGUCCAGUUCAGGUCAUCUGAGGAGUGGUCUGAGGGACCCUGAACGCAUCACCACCUACACAUACAGAGACAAGGAGUACGAGUCGGCGUCUGCGGCCCUCGACGCCUACAUCUCAGACUUUGAGCGCAGUCGUGUGGACACAGAACAAUCUGUUGGACGUCUGGUCUUACCCCAGAGCAGAACCCGACUGAGAAACAAAGACGUUCUCAGAGAACGUUUGACUGAUGUGGAGCUGAACUUCCUCAACCUCCCCGUCAGCUCCCUCCGUCAUCGCGGCAACAGAGACAGACUCUCCAUGACGACGGACGAGCUUCUGUCCGUCCCCGUCGACGGCUCGAUGCCGGUCACGCAUACGUCGGCUUUUAUCCACGGUCUCAUGUCUCAGUCCGGACCCUCCCUCGGACCAGGUCCUAGACCAGGACUCGGCAGCAGUCUGAACCAGGGUCAUCCUCAUCCGAUCCGGACUCUCAGGACCUGCAGGUUCAGAGGAUCCGGUCCGAGGCCUCAUGUGGACUUGAGCUCCACCGUGAACAGAUGUGGCACCAGUUCCAGGUCUGAGGCAGACCUGGGUCAUACAUUGGUCCCUGCAGACGUUCACACUCUUCCACACAGAGAUUCAGAGUGGGCGGAGCCUGAGUCCUCUACGCUCCACCUCCCUCGUUGGUUGACCAGUAACAAAGCCCAGGUAGACUGUUCGGAGAUCAGCAGCGUUCCGGAGGUCCCGUACCCGGCCUGGAUCCAGCACUGCGAUGCCUCUGAGACGCCGUCAGAACCGCAACAACAGGACAAACCGGGUGUUUUUCCAGUCGGACCUCAGAGGACCAUGUCAUGGGUUCAAGACCUUGAGGGUGGACCAGAACAGGAGGACGGUCACCUGACCCUCAGAGACAUCCGGCUUCAGUUCGCUCAGCAGAUCUGUGUUCUGGCUGCAGACAGACAAAGCUGUGACGCCGUGGACGCUCUGUUCAGAGAGAACAGAAUCCAGUCUCUGAUCCAGAAGGCGGACCAGGUCCUGGACUCUCUGUCCCAGAGUUCUACUGGAGCCCCAGACGGGCUUCAGGAUCCGGGUCCAGAUGGUCUUCAGGAUCUGGGUCCAGAUGGUCUUCAGGAUCCAGGUCCAGACGGUCUUCAGGAUCCAGUCAGUCCAGUACACACUGAUGACCUCCUGAUCACAAACUCCUCUCUCUCUGGUUCGUGGAAACUCUCAGUGGAUCAGGAUUCUUCUGCUCUGCAGCGUCCUCCGUCCGUGAGCUCUGGUCUCCAUGGAAACCAGACUCAACUCGGUCCUGUGGAGGCGUUGAAACAGAUGCUGUUCAGACUCCAGGCUGUGGAGGCGGAGCUACAGAGACGACGACCGCCACCGUCACAGAAACAGGGGUCAGACUUGGACGGAGUCACCGGAGGACCGUCCCUGCAGAGGGCGUUGCACCACCUGAGGCGCCUGAAGCUGCUGGUGGAUGAGUCUGCACGCAAACGCACCAGGGACCACCUGGAGCGGGACCCAGACCGGGACCUGGAGCGGGACCUGCACCUGGACCAGGACCAGGACCUGGACCCAGACCGGGACCUGGAGCAGGACCUGGAGCGGGACCUGGACCUGGACCAGGACCAGGAUCAGGACCUGGUUCGUUCCUCGUCUUCGUCCAGACUCAUUUGCAGCGAACAGACGAUGACAGGAUGAAGAAGAAGAAACAGGUUCAGACAAAAACAUGUUAGAUUUAAUUUAAUGUCAGUGUGUCAAAACAUGAAGCAGGUCCAAUAAAAGCUUCAGAGCAGGA